UAAGUCAAGACCCAAGGCGUGGAGCAAAAGUUAAAAUAUAUGGGACUACUUUAGUCAUUGGGAACGAGUACCGGCUGAAACGGUUAGGUAGGGCAGUGAUCCGUGAGUAUUUGGGCGAACUGCGGUUUGCUCGGCCGGAGCUCCCCGACAAAAAAACGCAAAUUAAUGCAACAACUCGGCAAAAAUCAUGCUGGCAGCCUUUACCUGGUGAUUUCGAGAAGAACAAUCCCGGUGCACGCAUGUGGUACAAUAAAACAGAAAUGUCCGAGGACUGCCUCUACUUGAACGUCUGGACGCCAGCCAACCGCAAGGCCCCAGAACUUCUGCCAGUUAUGGUCUGGAUCUUUGGAGGCGGUUUCUACAGUGGAUCGGCCAACCUUGACGUAUACGACGGAAAGAUUCUCCCUGGCAAGGAGAAGGUCGUGGUGGUUUCAAUGCAGUACAGAGUGGGCCCCCUAGGAUUCCUCUGUCUAGAAGAGGGCAAGCACAGGAACCCACCUCUGGCGGCAUGUAACAUGGGCCUGAUGGAUCAACAAAUGGCGUUGAAGUGGGUGCAUGAGAACAUAAAAGCAUUUGGGGGUAAUAAAUCUCAAGUGACUCUCUUCGGAGAGUCGGCCGGCAGUGCAAGCGUCAGUCUGCAAUACCUUUCGAGGGAGUCCAGAAAAUACUUCCAGCAGAUGAUUAUGCAAAGUGCCAGCGUGUACAACCGAUGGGCAUUUAUUUCAAAAAGCGAGGCCUACGAGCGAAGCGAUGCGGGAACACUAGAGCAACGGUUGAAAUGUCUGCAGGGUCUCUCAGCAAAGAAUAUUACAGAUACGUACUAUGCCGUGUACUAUGCAAGAGAAAAACGACGUGCUAAGCUUUUGCAUGAACUUAGGCCACGCGUGAAAACAAAUACUACAAAUGCUGCGAUAUACGCCUCGUUUGAAUUUGCACCAACACUUGACGAUAUGUUUCUGCCAAAAUGCCCAGACGAGCUUCUUAAUGAAACGAUAGAGCAACCACCAAAGUUAUUAAUAGGCACAAUGGCAAAUGAGGGCAUGUACUGGCUUCUCUAUGGGCUGUCUGCGGAUUAUGGUGGGCUAAAUAGUACGCAAUUUCUCAAAACGGAUGGCAAAGUGGACUUGCCAAAGAAAAGAACUUUGAAGGCCGCAAUACCUGACGUGAAUGCCAUCUAUAAUCUACUCAUAGCAAAGUUUAUCAGCGAGCAGAAUUUCAACAAAAAAAUCAUCGACGAAAUUAGAAGUAACCUGGCCACAGUAUACGACUUCCUACCAAAAUUCAAGAUAGAUAAUUCGAUCAACAGAUGGAUGAAAUUUCCGGUGACAUGGAAUUCACAUGUGGAACGCAAAAAAAUUGCUAAUCGCAUUGCACAGCUGCCUGGUAGCGAAGUUUACUCCUACGUUUUUGUUCACAAAACGGAGGAUAACCGUUUUCCCAACUGGACUGGGGCUAUGCAUGGCUACGAAAUCGAUUACGUCUUCGGGAUGCCAUUUUCUGAGAAAUUUAAGAACUUUUAUACCUACGCUCCACAGGAAGUAAAACUCAGCGAAACCAUAAUGAAGUACUGGGCGAAUUUUGCUAAAACUGGAAAUCCAACACCUGAUGGAAGCGAUACGAGCCGCGUCUGA